AUGGUGAGUUUCUGUAUUCUCUUGUUGGUGAUGACGCAUGCCACCCUGGUGAAUUCCAACAGCGGAUUUGACUCAACCAAGAAGACGAUUGGAAGGGAACUUUUAAAUGGACGCCAUUUAGUUAUUGGGAUAAUCGACAUUCCUCCAUACGUGUUAAUCCAACAUAGCCCUCUGAAGAAUAUCAGUCAUGUGGAUGGUUUCGUUCCUCACAUCAUUUCCUGGAUGGCCGAAAAAUUUGAAUAUGUCGAACCACCAGAUGGGGCCUUUGGAGCGUUCGUUAACGGUUCAUGGAACGGUCUAGUUGGACUGGUCGUCCGUGGUAAAAUUGACGUUGUAGCCACAGCCUUAUCGGUGACUUAUUCGCGGUCGCAAGUCGUCGAUUUUACAUUUUCAUUUUCAGAUGACCCAAUGGCAUUGCUCAUCCCAUUUCCUCAAUUGGAAAGCACCAUUUCUGCCAUUGCCAAACCGUUCCAACAUGAGGUAUGGAUUGGGAUCGGCCUUAGUUUUCUAGUUGCAUCCGUCGUCCUCUGGGUGAUUUCCCGAAUUCAACAAAACAUUCAUUGCCAACCACUUCACGGGAAAACGGGAUGGUUUCCUUAUUUCUGGUUCCUCUUCCGAGCCGUAAUCAAUCCUAACGGAGUCAUCAAUUUCACGCUGGCAACGCGUCUAAUCAUCGCCGCAUGGUGCCUGAUGGGCAUCGUCUUCGUCAAUUCCUAUACGAGCAGUUUGUUGUCUCAUUUGCUGGCCCCCACAUUCCUGCCGGUCAUCAGCACAGUCCAGGACUUGGCAGACAGCCACAUCGUACAGAUAACGUCAUUGAAACACACUUCCGCCGACUCCGCGUUACUCGCGGCAACGUCCGGUUCGUUUGCCAAACUUGGCGCAAGUCUCCGAGCUCACCCCGAGAACCUUCUGGAAACGUUGGACAACAUUGAAGAUAUCGUGUUUUAUCAGCGGAAAGCUUUCCCUUACCAAGAAACUUCGCUUAAGCAGCGAAUUUAUGACGACUUCAAAGCAACUCGACAGUGUCGCCUUUCGAUCGCCAAGGAACCGCUCUUCCCCGAUCAAAUUGCAUUCGCCUUACCCAAGUCAAGCCCCUUGACGACUGACUAUAACUACGAGCUUAUUUGGCUCCGCCAACUCGGAUUGUUGAAUCAUUGGGCCAAUUCCUUUUUGCCCAGACCUUAUCAGUGCUCAGCUCCGCUAGCUUCGCUUCGCCCAACUUCAAAUAAAAGGCUGACUCUCAAUUAUCUGUCGAGCGCUUUCCUCCUUUAUGGUGUCGGCGUCGGGGUUUCAAUCUUGGCUUUCGUGCUGGAAUUCAUUUCCACUUGGUGGAAUGCAACUACUCGUGUCAAAUCAUUUGGGUCACGCCAUUCUAGAAUUAACGCAUAGGUUCACACGCUUGUAGGACACAAAACUCGGUCACUUUCUUAUUUUCCUUGUUCUGCAUGGGUAGAGCUGCUGGGAAACUGUGAAAAUCUCGCAGCUAUAAUUGCUAGCUCAUAUGUCUGUCUCUGCUUUAUAGUCUACGUCUAAUAAGCUACUUAACUUUAGGACCAAAUAUUAGUAAUAUAUUUGCUAUUACU